AGGACGGUCAUAGUGAAAACAUGUGGGCUAAAUGAUACAGCCGUAACAGACAUUUGUCGUCUUUAUUUUGUACGUAAAUAUUAGUUUUUCGUGCAGGAAGAAAACUGAUAAAGUAAUUACGAAAACCGAGACAGAUAACGCCAAGUUUCGCAACGUCGUUUUAACGGCUCGGCGUUCGUGUGAUUCGGUAAUAAUCUUUUUUUUUUUUAAUUUGCUACACUGCUGUACAAAUUUUACUUAAUAAAUUUGUAAAAAAAUAAAAAUAAAAUAAAACAAACAGCUUUGACGUCAUAAUUUAGACAAGCAGAAGAAAUUGGUCAACGAUUGUGAUAUGAAUUGGGAUUUUUUCAAAUGUAUUCGAGGGAAAUCGUACACAUUUAGCUGAAUUAUCGAAACUGAAAAUAUAUGCAGAAUAACUUGUAAAAAUUCAGAAAUCAGAAAAAUAUAUCAUAAUUAAACUUUAGCGUGAUAAUUUUUCAAUUGCAUCAACAGUUCUUUUAUUCACGCAAAUUUCAAUCUUUCCAGAGAGAGAUUUGUUUGCGAAUUAAAGAGAGUAAAGUACAUUAAUAUUAGAUUGAGGAAUCAGGUCGAGAUAAUAUGUGUUUCUUUCUCGUUAAACGCUGAGACGUUACGCGUAAUAUAACCCGUGAACGUAUACAUAGUAUCGAUGUGCGUUAUGUAACGACAAUGUGUUAAUACCCACAUUGCACAUGUGACAUGUCGGUAUAUCCCGGCACAAGCCGCGUCGAUCGCAUAGUCAAUUCGAUCGGUGAACGCAGUAAAAGUUGGCGUUGCGUUGCGCACGGAAAUGAAGAAUUAUAACGAAAUUUGACUCUACGUAUUGUCUGUAGAGAAAAGUGGGCUUGAAUUUGGUUUAAAUAAUAAUCUAUUGCGGAACGAGGUGAAAGAGAGAGAAGAAAAAAGAAAAUAAAAGAUAAAAACACAGAGUGUCGAAAUAAAUGUAAUAAAAAAAAGCUACGGUGUACAAUUUUUACACCGUUGAUAAAUUGAAAAAAUAAUGAUUGAAUAAAUCGUCCAAGGAACUAAAAUUUGGCUGAUUAUUGGCGUGAGAAAUAAACGAGUGAAAAUAAUGUUACGGAUAAAUACCGUGGAAAUUCCAAAGACAAGAGUAGAUGAAUGAAAUUUAAUUAAUUUUCAAAAAUCUUCCGUGCCACAAGAAACGAGCAAAAGUACCGACUGCAGACGAGUGAAAAAACAUGCUUACUGUUUAAACGGCUAAUGAAAAAUAUAUAAUACCGUGUGAGUUAAACGCUGCAGCGAGGGCAGCUGAUCAAACACGAGGGAAUACGAACGAUUCUUAUUCAUCAUUGUAGUAAACAUGGCUGCAGAUGAUGAUAACGAGUCCGUAAGACGAGGAAGAUCGCGCGGGGCGUUGUGUCGUAAUAAUACACGUAUUUUUUCAUCCUCAUUGUUAUUUUUAUUUAUUUCAAUCAAUUCAAUUGAAUAAUAAAUUGGGGAAAAGGGGGAGAUCGCAGAAGGGAGUCACAAUCGCGAUGUCAACGCCGGACACGAUGGACACUAUAGACGAGGCUGAGCAGGCAUGGCACGAGAUGCUAGAAUGUGAGACUGGCUCGCUGAUAGGCAGAGUGGCUGAUCUCGAAAGACAAUCGCUGGCACAACGCGACGAGAUCGUAUGUCUAAGGGCAACAUUGGCGGAUGCUUUACGAAGAAUCGCCCAACUCGAGGGUAGAGAGAGAAGAGAAGAUGACAGAAUCGAGCGAAGGCUGGAACGCGGCUUGUCGUCGCCGAUUAGAAACGGUCACGUGCCGCAAAGAAAUAGCCAGGCUACCGGCUCUCAGAAAGACCUUCGGCUAAGGCAAUCUAGUGUCGCAUCCUACAGGCAUUCGAGUGGCUCCAGUCAGGAUGUUAGGGACGCUGCCGCUAGUCCUCGAAGACCAGUUAGCUAUACCCCUCCUUCGCAGCUCCCUCAAAGAAGAUCUGUACAUUAUCAGUCAACGGGUUCGCUCCACUCGGACAGUCCAAGCAGUAGCAGCGUUUCACCUGUGCCUUCGCCAAGUCCGAGAGCGACGCCGUUGCCUGUUGCAAGAUCACCAACGACAAAAACAAACGGACCGCCACAGAGUAGCCUUCGACGAGCUAAAAGGUGGUCUUCGACAGGGGAUUUUACGCAUUCGCCACAAUCGCCGGCCGGGGUCGCGGCGCAACUCGGUGGUUCCAGAUUAUCAACAUCGACCAAGUCACUAUUCAAUCUCUUCAAGCCUUCCGUGUUGAGCAACGUCAAACAUGGCACGAGAGGCAUGCAGUACAAUGAGGACGAAGGAACGAUCACGAUGCAUCUACGCGGGAGGCCGAUACUCCUGUUUCCUCCAACGCCGUUCAUGGAGUCCUACGACUUGCACAAGGUCUCCACGCCACCCCAAAGCAAGCUAAAAUUGGACUGGGUUUACGGUUAUAGAGGAAAGGACUGCAGGAGCAACUUGCACCUGUUGCCGACCGGUGAAAUCGUCUAUUUCGUAGCGGCGGUCGUGGUCUUGUACAACCCUGAGGAACACAGCCAAAGGCACUACAUCGGUCACACCGACGAUGUCAAAUGCAUAGCGAUACACCCGAACAAGUUGUUAAUAGCGACUGGCCAAGUGGCGGGAACUGACAGAAGAGAUGCCCUUCCGCAUAUCAGGAUAUGGAACUCUGUGAGCUUGACGACGAAUCAUAUCAUUGGUACAGGAGAAUUUGACGGGGCCAUUUGCUGCCUGUCAUUUUCAAAAGCAGACGGCGGUAAUUUGCUAUGCGCUAUCGAUGAGACGUCGGAUCACAACAUAUCGAUUUGGGACUGGCAGAAGGGUGAUCGCGGCAUGAAACUGACGGAGACAAAGUGUUCCGUUGACACGGUAGUUUGCGCCGAAUGGCAUCCGUUGGAGCGAAAUCAAAUAGUGACCUGCGGCAAGAGCCACAUUUCGUUCUGGUCCCUCGACAACGGGGGUAUGCUCUACAAGAGGAUGGGGGUGUUUGAGAAUCGGGACAAGCCUAAAUACGUUACCUGUGUGGCCUUUAAUCAAAAUGGCGAUGUCCUGACCGGAGAUAGUAACGGAAACAUCAUCGUGUGGGCGAGAGGAACAAACACCAUUUCUAGGCUGGUGAGAAAUCUACACGACGGAUCUAUAUUCUCGAUGUGCGUAUUAAAAGACGGAACCGUUGUCACCGGAGGUGGAAAAGACGGGAGGAUAUUGCAUUACGACGCGUCUUUGAGUCUGACCGGAGAAGAGGCUCAGAUCGAAGGCCACUUUGGUGGGAUAAGAACAGUUUCGGAAGGACGUGGGUCUCAAUUGCUGGUUGGCACCACACGCAACUGUAUCUUGGUUGGCGAUUUGGAAAUGGGUUUCAAUCCAGCGGUCUUGGGACACACUGAUGAGGUUUGGGGACUGGCUGCUCAUCCCACCUUGCCACAAUUUGCGACCGCCGGUCAUGACCGGCUAUUACAAAUGUGGGACAGUCUGAGCCACUCCGUUGUGUGGAGCAAGGACAUCGGGGAACAAGCACAGAGCGUGUGUUUCUCGCCAGACGGUACGGUGAUGAUCGUUGGUUGCACUUCUGGUAAAUGUCUCGCAAUCGAUAGCGAAACAAGAGAAUUAUAUACUCAUCAUUCCGACGGUUCUGAACCAUUGCAAGUUGUGAGAUUUUCGCCCGAUGGAUCGUCACUCGCGAUCGGAUCUAGAGACAACAGCAUUUACAUAUAUCAAGUGAACGAUGAUGCCACAAAGUACAGCCGCGUUGGAAGAUGCAUGGGACACUCGAGUUUCAUCACCCAUCUCGAUUGGUCGGUUGAUAGUCAGUACUUGAGGAGUAACAGCGGGGAUUACGAGUUGUUGUACUGGAAUCCGGGUAUUUGUCGGCAAAUACCAAAAUCGUCGGUGUUACGAGACGUCGAUUGGGCGACGCACAGCUGCAUCAUUAGCUUCGAAACGAUCGGCGUUUGGCCGGAAAGUGCGGACGGUACGGAUAUCAACAACUGCGCAAGAAGCGGGGAUGGAAAAUUGCUGGCAACCGGAGACGACUUUGGAAAAGUGAAACUUUUCUCUUAUCCGGCCUGCCAACCAAAGUCUUUGUUCCACGUUUAUGCCGGCCACUCGAGUCACGUGACAAACGUUUCAUUUCUGCAAGAUGACACGAGACUGGUUUCAACCGGUGGUAAUGACACCAGCGUUUUGCAAUGGAUCGUGUCCUAAUCGUCGUAUCUUCGUAGUCAUCGGUAGAGCGAAGAUCAAUUCUUUGAGCAAUCUGAGCUAAGACGAUGAAGCAGAAAGAAAGAGCAAAAAAAGAAGCAAAGGGCAUCGGAUUAUUUAAGCUUAACAAUGAUGUGUACCUGUAGCUCGUAAAAGUGGUUUUAUAUAGCGGCACGUGUCAAAUUAGGCUAUUGCCCGUUAUACCUUUGUAUAAGCACGUUUGGUAUUUAGGAAAUCAUUUCAAUUUCAGCUAGGCUAGAUCGAAUAAAAAUGAAUGACUAAAAGGUGUAGAUAUUAUUCAUGGAUACACGGUCUGUUUCAAUUUUACGCUAAACGAACUCUGAAACAUUUGCACGCUGAAUAUAUUAAUUUUUCUAAAUGUUUUUUUAACACUGUAACCACUGCAAUGUUUUCAGAUAGAAUACACGAAUCAUUUUGUACAUCUGAAGCCUUUUCUUGACGCAUAUUAUAUGAUUAAAAAAAAAAAAAAAAAGAAACAAAACAAGCAAAGUUACUAAUUACAUGUAAUAAUUCUGUAUCGAAAUGCCGUCCGAAAAAAAAAAAUAGCGUGAUUUGUGAAUGAACGACACUUUGCUAUUAUCAUAUUAUACAUAUUAACAAUAAUAUAGUUAUUAUAACAAAGGUUCUACGUUACGAUAAGCCUGACUGAUGUCACCAAUUACCUAAGCAAAAGUCGUACGAAUUCAAUUUUCGAACACGAAUAUAUUUCAAAGCAAGAUAUCAAUGAUUUCAAUAUUUAAAGGAUAUUAGAUACGGCCGGUGUUUUAAGCCGGUACGUUUUUCUUUCUUUUUUUAAACAGAGAACAAUUCUCUUUAGUUUUUGUGAAUAGCGGACACUGCAUUGUCCGAAGGAAAAAUUUUAUUUUUUUACUAUAAGAAGAUGUUCGAUGAAAUACGAAAUUGAAACCACAAUGACGAUUGAUCAACUCAAAUAAUUAUGCAAAACGUUGCGACGAAUGAAAGUUCUUGUUGCGAAGAGGCCUUAAAAAGAGUAGGUAAAUGCGUAUGUAUAUAGACGUAGGAUGCUAUCAAACUUGUUGUAUUUUGGUAUAAACCUUUUACCAAAGCUGUGACGCAGGAUUACAUAUUUUAUUUUACUUUAUUUGAUUUUUUCUGAUAAUUUUUUUUCUCUCAUAUAUUCCUCCUCGAUACUGUACAAUUUACCUAAUUAUUUAUAUCGCAUCAAUCGAUCUGUGCAUUAUAUUAUUCACGAUCAACUAAUAAAUGGUAUUCAUUGUGAAA